UACUUCUGGAUCCGGAGUCAAGUUCAGCAGAGCCCUGGGCUACAGGGUCAGCAGCAGAUCGCGCCCACUCCAGGCGCCCAGGGGAGCCUCAGUGCGGAGGCAAGCCCUGGUCUCUGGUCCUCCCCUGGGCUCUCCCACACCCCAUCCUCUGUCAGAGAGAAGCCAGAGAAAGCGAGACUGGCCGGGGAGGAGAAAGGCGGGCGCGCGUGGGCGCCGGGAAAUAGGCGAUGUCCACCGGCUCGGUGAGUGACCCCGAAGACACGGAGAUGAGGGGGCUGCAGAGGGUCUACCCGGCCCCGGCCUCCAAGAGGCCGCCCCUGCUCCACAUGGAGCGCGGUUACGGCUCGCCCAGCGACAUUUCUUCUGCGGAGGAAGAGGACCCGGACGGCGAAGAGGAGCCCGGCUCCCUGGGAGCCGCGGGAGGAUGCAAGAGGAAGCGGCUCCGUGGGGCUGACGCUGGCGGCGCAGGUGGCCGCGCAGGCGGCACGGGGAAGAAGCCGCUCCCGCCCAAGGGCUCGGCCGCAGAGUGCAAGCAGUCGCAGCGGAACGCGGCCAACGCCCGCGAACGCGCCCGGAUGCGCGUGCUGAGCAAAGCCUUCUCCAGACUGAAGACCAGCCUGCCCUGGGUGCCGCCGGACACCAAGCUUUCCAAACUGGACACGCUGCGCCUGGCUUCCAGCUACAUCGCGCACCUGCGCCAGCUGCUUCAGGAGGACCGCUACGAGGACAGCUAUGUGCACCCUGUGAACCUGACGUGGCCAUUCGUGGUCUCUGGACGCCCAGACUCUGACAGCAAAGACGUUUCUGCAGCCAACAGGCUUUGCGGAACUUCCGCUUAGACGGACAGGACAGUUAGAUGGAUUGUGGUAAACGCAAAGGACUGGGCCAAGGAAGUCCCACUGGAUUCUGGACCUUCUCCUUUCCCUGGGCCCGUGAACAAGACAGGAGACAAGUGUGGUUUGCCCUCCUGGAGCACAGGUGGCCAUGGGUGCCCCGAAUCAGUGCAAACUUCUGUAACCAAAGACAGCCCAGUUUCAGGGGAAGAAAGAAUACGUGGACUAGGUACAAACCUAGGGCUUUAGCUCUGAUCACAACCCCCCUGCCUGCUAUCUGAGUCCAGUGCAGAAACGCGUUGGUUUUGAAGCUCAUCCUGAUUGCCCUAUGGUUGAUGGCAAGGUCCUGCACAGCCAGGUCCUUCUGUGACUGUGGAUGCGAGCUGUUUCCCAGCACUAGAAAGCAAGCCUUGGCAUUAGAGCUCUUCAGGGGCCCGUCCCUAAGGGCAGUGUUGCUAAAGACAGUGGCAUACUCUCCCCGGGCAGGACAUGUUGAGAUGGAGACAUUAACACCAGGUGCUGGUUUUGCUUGAAAUCUCUGCAGGCUGGGGUUCAUUUCCUGAGCUCCCUCCUCUGUUUAAUCAGUGUUGGGGCCACCUGCCCUGCUGGUCUCCAUUCAGUGAGUGCAGCUUGUUUAUGGGGUCUCAGCUCCUUCCCACUCACACUGUCCCCUAUUUGGGGACAUGUGCUUCACCGCUCUAAUUGUCUCACCCUGCCACAGCAUAGCCUUCUGUGCGGUUCGUGAUCUUCCAGGGAUGUACUAUUCUUCCUGGUCCAAGGACUGUGUGUGGUGGGUGGCUGGGGCUGGGGCUGGUCUCUCUAUUAUACUGGUUUCUACCCAGUACAUGGUGCUUAGUGGUCCUGGCAAUGCUGCACUACCAUGGUAACUAACAGAUGUAAAUAAAUUUAUUUUUAUGGACAAAA